GUUUGGGGCAUCGUCUCUUUCUGGUUUUCAGUUAACCUCCACUUUCGGAGUUGCCUCGAAUGUGACAAGAGCAUUCUUGCCAAGCACGCCAAAACAAUAUAUUGCAGGCUACCAAGCAGAUGAUGUGACUCAAGUGUCUCAACAUGAUGAACUUGGAAGAGUUCCAAGUGGGGCGGAAGCGGAUACCAUAGGUUCCAAGUCCAGGCUGCAGCUGGAGGCCUAAAUAACACCCAGUAUUUUAAGCGAAUUUUACCUUCCAGGGUCUCCUUGCCUCUUUCCAGUCAUUGUCACCUCUUUUCAUUUCGCAGUAAUUAUGUCAACGAACGCUCCGAACAGCACCAACCCGUCGUCCCUCGACGCGGACGAAAUCAUGCGGCAGGCAGUUGAUCGGUUCCGCACGCGCAUGGCGGCCGCCAACCAAAAGUUCGUCCAGGACCGCAUCGAUGAGAUUGACGCCCGCGGACUCGCGACUGAGAAAGAGAAAAUCCGCAAGUUGCAGGAUUGGCGCCAUUUCGACGACUUAGACCGAGACGAACCGGACGGUCACAACAGCCCCGACGCCCGCCGCAUAAGCGACCAGUUCCGGCAGACGCGAGAGUUGGCGGCAGUGCCGGCGCUGCUGGCCAAGGAGACACGCCCCCUGUUCGCCAUGGACGGGGUCCACCCGCCGCGGCUCCGCACGCCAGAAGCCCGGGAAAUGUUUCUCGACACCCUGCAGGAAGUAUUCCACCGGCAGGCGGAGGAGUGGGCGGCCGCCGAGGAGGAGGAUUUAGAUUUAGCCUCGGAGCCGAUCCCGCGCUGUGAGGAGCUGGGCCGGCUUUUAACAUAUGCCCACGAGGUGGAAGACCCGGACUUUCGCCACUCGGGCGUCGCCCCCUUCGAGGCAGCGUUAUUAGUGCAAAGCCGGUAUGGAAGCUUCCCCUGUCUGGACACGCAGGAGCAGCGGGACCAGUACCAUGCGCGUGUACGCCAGGAAUGUGCGCGGCUGCGGGAGUGGCUGGAGGGGGAGAACUCGGACUUGAUCAAUAAGGCCAAGAUUGUGGCCGGUCCGGAUGAAGAUCUGGAGGUCCGAGCGGGCGUGGUCACGGGCAGCGGCUACGUGGGGGAGUAUCCGAAGUGGUACAGCGCGUACCUGUACUGCCGGAAGCGUCUAGAGGAGGAUAUGGAUGGGAUCGAAUUCCGCGAUGAUGGUAUCCUGGACGCCCCCAAUAUCCAGGAGUGGGGGUGGCGCGUGGUGUUUAUGGAGGCCGAGGCGUCUCCCGUCUUCGAGCCGCAGAUACUCUACGGACGGAAGCCGCGCUUUGACUCGAUCCCAGAGUUUUUGGACUGGUACGCGAGCUGGGCGGACAACUUGGAUGCCCGCGGGGUGCUCAGUCUCCGCCGGCAUCUGAGAAAUUGUGAUACUGAUUGCGAGUCCGAUUAUGAGGAGCACUGCUUAUAAGAACCAUGUCCCCAUGUGUGAGGGAGGGAAUAACACGUUGAGAAGAAACAAUUGGGCCAUCGCUCGGUGCUGCUUGCACGAUUUCCGGAACUGACUUAAACAAAGCUCAUUUUCAAUGCAAAACAUCAUAUACAAGCAGAGAAAUUUCGAAGGAAGAAGACAAAUGUGGGCAAGCUGGGGCACAAAUGAGAGAACAAGCCUCGCAGUAGUGAUCCUCGCGAUCCUCUGCUCUAUAUCUCGAAAGUAGGUACAGUAGUUGAAAGGCAUUUCUGACAGUUAAUUGCAUUGG